AUGUCCAACCCGCCUUUUACGGUUCGAGCGGUCUUCGAGUACGCUUCGGGCCACGAUGAUGACCUCAGCUUUUCCAUAGGCCAAGUCAUUACCGUCACGGAUGUGGAAGAUGCCGAAUGGUAUAGCGGCGGAUACACCGAUGGCUCCGGUGGCAAGCAGGAGGCGCCCGCGGAACCUGAAGUUGCCGAGCAACUACCGGCGGAUGAACCUGAGCCAAUUUCCCAACAGCCUCCUGCAUUGGCGCUUCAGUCUCCUCCUCUGGUAUCAAGUCCUCCAGUCGAAGAACCUACCUCGCCUGCCCAGCUCGCACAUCCAGUCCCAGCACCUUUCGCACCGGCAGCCGACCCCGCGCCUCCCGUUGUCAAGGCUUCCAAGCCGCCCCCACCUGCUGUUGCUGAGAAGCCCUCCUCGUUCAAGGAUCGCAUUGCUGCCUUCAACAAGUCCGCCGCGACCCCAAUUACCCCUUUCGCACCUGAGCCUGCUCCCAAGGUAUACAAGAGGGAGGAGGAUCCGGACGUGCAAGAGCAGAUUGCCCGCGAGCCUCCCGUAUCAGAAAGCCGCCCUCCCCCUCCUCCACCCCAGACUCUUCCGCAAGAAACCGAAGAGGGGGUAGAGGAUCAGCCUAAACCCACCAGCUUGAAAGACAGAAUCGCACUCCUUCAGAAGCAGCAAUUAGAACAGGCAGCGCGCCAUGCCGAGGCUGCUCAAAAGAAGGAAAAGCCUAAGCCUCCUAAGAAGCCGGUCGAACAACCCAUCGAGGCCACGGAACCUUUUGAAGAUACCGAGGCGUCGCCGGUAACUGCACCCACUGCCGCUCGGGAUCCUAGCGUUGAUACAGUGCGAUCCAAACCCCCACCGCCCCAGCCUCCUACUCCAUUGGUUGCACCUGAGGAAAUUACUAGCGAUGCAAACGACGCGGAUUAUUCUGCAGCUGCCGAUUCCGAGGAUGCAGGAGAGACCUCAACCAGCAAGGAUGAUGAAGAUGAGCGUCCACGCCAAUUGUCGACCCAUACUAUCGAACCAAAGGCCGAAGAGGCUGACGUCGAAGAGGGAACAGAGGAGGAGGAAGAGGAGAUGGACCCUGAAACCAGACGCCGGAUGGAGCUUCGCGAGAGAAUGGCGAAGAUGAGCGGCGGUACGGGCAUGAUGGGUCUCUUUGGCCCUCCAGGUGGUAUGCCAGGCAUGUCUGCUCAUGGAACUCGCAAGCCUAAGACCCCCGGCGAGUCCGAGAAAAGACUUGGUGAGCCUGAGCCAACCUCUCCGGGCAAUGCUCCUCCCGUCCCCAUGAUUCCUAUGCCUGGAAUGAACCUCAACACUAAGCCUGCCCCUCCUGAUGUCGAGAAGGAGGACGAGGAACCCCUGGCAACUCCUGUCUCUGAGCAACACCCAUCACGAGAGGUACCAGAUGUGGAAGAAGUUGUUCAUGAGGGCUCCCUGCCGCGUCGUUCUACUGACCGGGUUCCUCCUGCCCCACCCGCGCAUGGUAUGUUACCAUACUCAUUCUAA